AUGCCGACCGGAUGCGUGCUGCCGGCGCGGGCGAGCGGCGUUUUGUGGUUAGCAGUGGAGAUCUCGAUGGUGGUGGCGGCGUGGUGCCGGCGGCUGCUGGAAAGAUCCUCCAUGGCGCAUCCCUUGAAUAAGCUCGUGGUCAAGCCUCUUGAUUCAGUUCUAGAGGCUAGUGGCUAUGCAGGUAUGGUGGAGACUACGGUUCUUUCACUCUUCUUCAACCACCGAGGAGAUGGAGGAGGGGAGCAAACGGAAGUAGCUCUGCAACAUACGACAUGGCAGGGAUAUAUGGCUGCUACAUCUGGCGGAGUUCUUCAACUGCAGCGAAUAGACGCUGUGGUUAUCCAUGGUCAACGGAACCACUCCGCACUACGGUGCUGUUCGUGCCGCAGCUUCAUGAACCUCCUGGCCGGCGUGCUAUUCUGGAGGCCCUUCAGCUACUCCGUCAUGGCGCUCAUCGUCAAGUCAUCGCCAAGUGGUCUCGUCCCCGGCGGCGGCGCUGACGGCCAGGACGUCGAGUGCAUCUUCUUCUUCGGUGGGAAGGGACUCGAUUGCUUUUGCAAAUCUUUUCGUAGGGUCCUGCUUGUAAAUUCUGAGGACCACGCUAUUAUUUUACUUUCUUCUAAGGCCCUUGAUGUAACAUGUAAUCCCACCUUUUAA